AUGCUAAGACUCAGGCCUCAAACUGCAAAAUUCUUCAGUAACAGGUGUGUGAGAUAUGCCAGUACCAAAGUGAUCGGAAUAGAUUUAGGGACCACCAACAGUGCUGUUGCCUACAUUAGGGAUUCAAACGAUAAAAAGUCAGCAUCAAUCAUUGAGAAUGACGAGGGACAAAGAACAACACCAUCAGUCGUUGCAUUUGAUAAGAACGGGAAAGUUUUAGUCGGAGCAGCAGCGAAGAGACAGUCACUAAUUAAUUCGGAGAAUACCUUCUUUGCUACUAAGAGAUUAAUCGGGAGAUCUUUCCAGGAUUCAGAGACACAAAAGGAUUUGGAUGUGUUACCAUACACAAUUGUAGAGAACAAAUCAAACGGUCAAGCUUAUCUACAGACAUCUGACGGAAGCCAGAAAUCGCCUAGCGAAAUUGGAUCAUUUGUUCUGAAAUAUUUGAAGGGAGUUGCAGAGAAAUAUCUAGAGGAGACAGUGAAUAAGGCAGUCAUUACGGUCCCUGCUUACUUCAAUGAUUCUCAAAGACAGGCAACAAAAGAUGCUGGAACCAUGGCUGGUUUGAAAGUUAUGCGUGUUGUUAAUGAGCCUACAGCUGCCGCGCUAAGUUUCGGACUAGAUAGCAAAAAUGAUGGUAUCAUUGCAGUUUAUGAUCUUGGUGGUGGUACAUUUGAUAUCUCUAUCUUAGAUAUUGAGGAUGGUGUCUUUGAAGUUAGAGCCACCAAUGGUGACACCCACUUAGGUGGUGAGGAUUUCGAUAAUGUCGUAGUAAACUACGUCAUUGACAAAUUUGUGGAACAGAAUCCUUCUUUGAAAAGAGAGGAUAUUGUGGCAAAUAGAGAGCUGAUGCAAAGAAUUAAAGAUGCAUCAGAAACUGCUAAGAUCAGGUUAUCACAUGUCAAAGAAACAAAUAUUGAAAUUCCAUUCGCUUAUGAAAAUAAACACAUCAAUGUUCCAUUAAAAGAGGUAGAACUUGAUAACAUUACCAUGCACUUGAUCGCUAAGACAGUUCCUCCUGUUAAAAAGGCCUUAAAAGAUGCUGAUAUUGACGCCGAAGAUAUAGAUGAUGUUAUUCUUGUUGGAGGUAUGACUAGGAUGCCUAAGAUUAGGACAAUUGUUGCAGGUUUGUUCGGACAAAAACCCAACGUUAGUGUUAAUCCUGACGAAACUGUUGCAUUAGGUGCAGCAAUUCAAGGUGGUGUCCUUUCUGGUGAAAUCAAGAAUGUUCUACUAUUGGAUGUCACACCAUUAACUAUCGGAAUUGAGACUUAUGGUGGUGUUUUCUCACCCUUAAUCCCUAGAAAUUCCACUGUUCCUAUCAAAAAAACAGAGAUGUUUAGCACGGGUGUAGAUGGUCAAACAGGUGUAGACAUCAGGGUUUACCAAGGUGAAAGAGGACUUGUCAGAGAUAACAAAUUAAUUGGUGAUUUGAAGUUAGCUGGUAUUCCUCCAAUGCCCAAAGGUGUACCUCAAAUACAAGUUACUUUUGAUAUAGACGCGGAUGGAAUCAUCAAUGUAUCAGCCGCAGAAACCAGUAGUGGGAAGGAGGAGAAGAUAACAGUAAUAGCAAAUAGUGGUUUAACUGAGGAGGAAAUCAACUCUAUAGUUGAAGAAGCCAAUGCUAACAGAGAACGUGAUAAUCUGAUAAGACAAAGAGUCGAGUUAAUCACAAAGGCGGACAUUAUGAUUAGCGACACUGAAAAUGCAUUCGAACGAUUCCAUGAUAUAAUCGUCAACAGCCCUUCAUACGAAGAUACCCUUAACUCUGUGAAGGCCGUGAGGGCAAAAAUCGAUCAUUUCAAACAAAAUGAUUCCGAUCUGAGCUUAGAUGUCAACGUUAUCAAGAAAGAAACAGAUGCUGUACAGAACCAGUGUUUGAAAUUAUUCCAAGAAGCCUCAAAACAAAAACAAAGUUCUAAGAACGAGCAGAAAUAA